AUGUCAGCUACGGCCACAUUGCAGUCUCAGGCGGUAACCGAAUGGGUCAAAUUAUUCCCUCGCACGGUAACUGAAACGUAUACGAGUUCAGUGACCUUUAUGAAACAGCUGACUGUCAUAGCGGUCAGUACCGUCACGUACUUGAAGAAUGUCUUUCCUGAAGACAGUUACACGCAGGAAACCUUUGGUGGUAUCAAGUUGAGGGUCUUGAAGAACAAGUGUAGUGAUGAUCUGGCCCAGUUCGUUAGUACAGCUUUAACGCAGGCUUUCGAAGCUUUUGAUAAGAAAUACCUUCAUCAACUGGCAUUGUGUUUUUACGAAGGCGAAUGUAAAGUAGAAAAUCUCAUAGAAUAUCACGUUUUCGAGUACUCUUACAACCCUGACGGGGUGACCAUGGACGUGCACUCCACAAGCCGGGACAGCGUUAGACGUUCCACCAGAUAUUCCUUCGAUAACGUCAGAGAGAGAACCAUACACUUGAUUAGGGCUUGUGUGGUCAUAAUGCAAGCGUGUCAGAACGAGCUGCCCUCGACCUAUGACGUCAGCUUGAGACUGUAUUAUAAUGAUGAGACUCCCGAGGGUUACCAAGCCCCGGGGUUUCUCUCUACGUUGGAGUCGGAAGACCACCUGGCCCCGUCGUAUGGCGACGCGGUGAAGCUCGGCUCCGUCGAGACCCCCUACCACCGGCUCGUGACCCGCAGCUACAUGAAGGAGUCUAUGCUGUCCAGUCGAGAGGCUCUCCCCUCGCAGCACGCACCGGUGAUGACGCAAAAUGAAGAAGACGAUUUCGGAUCGGAGCAACACAGCACGGGGACGGAUUCGGAAGCGCAGGUUCGAUGCCCGUGCAAUAAGCAAGACGCCGAGGAUGCGGCACUGCUCACCUGCGGCUACUGCAAGAAGUCUCAGCACGCGGCUUGCUUCGGCGUGCGGGAGGAGGCCGCGCCCCGCCUGCCCCGCCACUGCUGCGCGGACUGCGGGGACCGGGAUGCCGCCAGGAGCCCCACCGACGCCGCCCUGGCUGACCUCACCGCCAAGAAGAGAGAGUGUCUGUGCAUCUUCCGUCGCGCGCUGAGCUGGUGCGGGCGCGCCUCACAGCUGCGCGCCGGGGAGCUGGCGGACCGCUUCCAGCUGUCGCCACUCAACGCGCUUAAACUCAUGAAGCUCCUGCACUCGCAUGGCGUUAUAGAAGACCCGGGAACUGAUUUGGCAACACCACGGCAGAUAAUUAAAGAUGAAUUAAAAAACGUUAUGAGCAAAUUCUUUAAAACGAAUGAAUCGAAUAUCGUCGAACGAUUGUUGGCCGAAACAUUGUCUCAAGGGAGCCAAUCCGACCCGGUGGGAGACGUCCUAAGUCCUUUGGAAAAAAUUAACUUGCAAAAUACGUCCUCAUUGGGCAGAGUGGUUCAAGCCGAAGCACCUUCGACUACAGAAAAGCAAUACAGGGAUGCGAUAUUAUUCAAUGACAAUAUGGAAGAGCUACCUCUCAGUGGAAAUCAUAAUCCUAUUCAGGAUAUGACAAAUAUCGGGAAACGCACGACUAAAAGAAAAAGUACAGAUAAAGCUAAGAGAACUGGCGUCAAAACUAAGAGGGCUAGAGCGGACAAAGAGAACAAUUAA